CGAUGCUGAUGCCACUGUCCGGCAUCUUGUGCGUUUGUCAAGGGGGUCCCUGCCUGGUUUGUGUACAACGCUGUAGUCAACGCAGUUAGUAAAAAAAUGUAUGCUUUAAGAUCACUAGCUUUUAAAUCGGUUCCAUUCCAAGUGAAAUCACAGUUGGUAAACUCGGGGCUUCACACGAGUGCCAGUUGGAGCAGGGCAAAAGUUGCAGUUGUAAGUAAACCUGGAUCAGAUAUAGUGUGUCGAGUAGUGGGCUACUAGCUAAAUGAUUAAUGUGUGCCAAGUCAGUUCUGACAAGUUGAAGGUAGUCUCGGAAAUCCCCUAGCUGAGGAUCGCUCAACUCCAUUCUCUUAUAUCGAGGCGUUAUUGAGUUUUGAUAACUGGUCGCGCGAUUUGUUAGCAACAUUUAUUAUUAUUAUUAUUAUUAUUAUUAUUAUUAUUGCAACAAUAAUAACAAUAUUCCACAUCAAUACAGGGACAUUCCUGUGACACAAAGAACAAAUAAAAUCAUAAAACACGAGGCGAACCCCCCCCCAAAAUAAAAACAAAAUUAGAAUAAUUCAGGACACAAUUUAUGUGACAAGGCAAUGAUACAUUAACAGACAUUCAGAGACAUGACUUUAAUCAUUUUCCAACUUUAAGUUUCACAAGUUUGAGGGAUUUAUAAAAUUGUAACAGUUCAAUUAAAAAAAAAUAACUACAAAAUAAGGAAUUUUCCCAUCCCAUUUACAUUUGUGAAUAUAAUAUUUGUCCAAUAGAAAAAUAAUGUUUAAUCAAAUAGUUAUGAUCGGAAUUACAAGGAUAACCAUAAUGCCAUUUAACAUCAUCAAAGGUAAACAUAGGUAAUUCUGGAGAUUUUAUACACAACCCCAUUCAUGAAUUUCAAUCCUUAGUUUACUAGAAUGGCGGCAUGAAAAAAAUAAAUGCUCCAUAGAUUCUGAAUCAGAGGAACAAAAAACAAGGUAUUUUGUCAAAAUUGAAUAUUUUGUGCAAGAAAUGAUUUACAGGGUGGAUGGAAGAAAAUAUUUUAAAAUACGUUUCUUUAACUUUUGGGAUGACUGGACAAUUAAGGUCAAAUGUAGUCGCUUUUGACGAUUGCGUUGCCAAUUCCAUAGCAAUAUAUUGAAUUAUCAUCACAAAAAUGUACUUCAUUAACUGCCAAUCGUAUCAACUUAUUGUUUAAUUUUUUAUCCAAAAGGUUCAAGUCAUUAAUUUUUUAACUUGGAAAAGUGGGAACAACUUCAUUAUAUCACAAAGUGUUCUUAAUAAGUCCAAGUAAAGGAAGUGGAAUUGCUUUGCAAACCUUCAUAUAUUCUCUGAGUAAUAUUUACCAAUCAACUCAAACGGCAGAAACUCCCCAGUGUUGUCUAACAAAUCACAUACAAAAUUAAUACCCUUGUCAAACCAAAGGCCAUUGAAAAUGGAUUUAAUUUUGCAAUAUUGAGUCACAAUCAGUCGCUUGCUGCUUUUAGCAAUGCUAGUAUUAACACACCAAGGUUGCUAGGAAUUAACUUGCAAAAAAACGGAAUAGUCCGCCAGAAGUUAAAUAAAAUGUAAUUUCAAUUUACCCUGCCGAUUGUCCGUAGAGUUGGUCCUUAUGCAGAGGCGAAAUUGACAUAAAAACAUCUAAUAGAACAUAAAUUAAACUGACUUUCCAAACGUUCCAAACGUGGGUCUGUUGUAGACCCACUUCCGCUCUGCUUACCUCAUGUCAAAAUAAAAGUCCUGCAGGUGCGCCAUACCUGCACACAAAAAAGCAAGCAACUUGUGGGGGACUUUUAUUUUGACAUGAGGUAAGCGGAACUGACCAUGCUGAGGAACUACGUUUGGAAAUUCUGUUAAAUUAGACAUUACAUUAGAAAAAAAAAAAUUCUUCAAAUUCCCCUGCAUAAGAACCAAGCCUACAGACAAUCGACAGAGUAAAUUGAAACUUAAUUUUAUUUAACUUCUGGCCUCAGGCGGACUAUUCUGUUUUUUUUGCAAGCUAGUGCCUGGGAGGAUAUAGGCCCACCCACUGGGGAGCCAGGCCCACCCACUGGGGAGCCAGGCCCAGCCAAUCAGAAUACGUCUUUCCCCCACAAAAGGGCUUUAUUUCAGAUAGAAAUACUCCUCAGUUUCAUCAGCUGUCCGGGUGGCUGGUCUCAGACGAUCCAGCACGUGAAGAAGCCGGAUGUGGAGGUCAUGGGCUGGCGUGGUUACACGUGGUCUGCGGUUGUGAGGCCGGUUGGACGUACUGCCAAAUUCUCUAAAAUGGUGUUGGAGGUGGUUUAUGGUAGAGAAAUGAAUAUUAAAUUAUCUGGCAACAGCUCUGGUGGACAUUCCUGCAGUCAGCAUGCCAAUUGCACGCUCCCACAAAUUGAGACAUCUGUGGGAUUGUGUUGUGUGACAAAACUGCACAUUUUAGAGUGGCCUUUUAUUGGCCCCAGCACAAGGUGCACCUGUGUAAUGAUCAUGCUGUUUAAUCAGCUUCUUGAUAUACCACACCUGUCAGGUGGAUGGAUUAUAUUGGCAAAGGAGAAAUGCUCACUAACAGGGAUGUAAACACAUUUCUGCACAAAAUUUGAGAGAAAUAAGCUUUUUGUGCGUAUGGAACCAUUCUGGCAUCUUUUAUUUCAGCUCAUGAAACAUGGGACCAACACUUUUUCAUGUUGCGUUUUUUAUAUUUUUGUUCAGUGUAGUUUUGUUCUUGGAGUUGAUCAAGAUUUGCAUUCAUUUGCAUAAGAUAAUCAUUUUAUAUGAAGUGAACUUGUCAUAUUAAUGUAAGUCAUGUUAACAGGUGCUGUCUGGCUGUGGUGUGUAUGACGGAACAGAAAUCCAUGAAGCAUCAGCGUGAGUCGGCCUAUUUAUUUUCUACUGUAUUCUAUUCCAAGCCUGUCUUACAGUGUACAACAUGCUAUUUACUUGCUUGACAAGAUGGCUAAACCAUACAUUGCGUAUAUAUAUAUAUGCCUGUGAGAAGUGGGCCAGCAGAAGGUGCCAUCUUACCUGAUUCAUACAGUGAACAAGAGGUACGACCGACCUAGUGUUACGUCAUUCUCACUGAUGUGGUGUGUGUGUGUGUGACAGGAUUCUGGUGCAUCUGAGCAGGGGCGGGGCAGAGGUCCAGAUGUACGCCCCUGACGUGUCCCAGAUGCAUGUCAUCGACCACGGGAAGGGAGCGCCCGCUGAGAACGAGUCCAGGAACGUCCUGUCAGAGUCUGCACGCAUCGCUAGGGGAAACAUCACAGAUCUCGCCAAACUCAGCGUCAGCGACCACGACGCCAUCAUCUUCCCAGGGGGCUUUGGGGCGGCAAAAAACCUGUAGGUGGAACAGUGUUGUCAUACCACAUUGUUAAAAAAGUAUUAAUUCAUGUUCUGUGUAUCUACUAUUACAAACACUUUGAGCUUCUACUUGGGCAUCUCGAUUUUUCUCUCUCUGUCCCUCUCAGACUGAUCCGUUUUGCUUGUCUUGUGUGGCAGGUCGACGUUUGCCGUUGAUGGUCCAGACUGCAAGAUCAACACAGAUGUGGAGCGUGUCCUAAAGGACUUCCAUAAGGCAGGCAAACCCAUUGGGUCAGUGCUGUCGUCGUGUACUGUGCUUGUUGGGGAUGGAGUAAUCUCGGUUAACCCAGAAGGAAAAUCUUGCAUAAUUUGGUCAUAUGCUUGAUUAUGUUUCCGUAGUGUGUCCAAGAGCGUCUAGGGAUUGAGUGCCCCCUUGUAACGAAUGUAGCCCUUUGGUUAUACAGUACAUUCGGAAAGUAUUCAGACCCCUAGACUUUUUCUAAAUUGACAAAUUUAUUAAAAUAAAAAACAGAAAUACCUUAUUUACAUAAGUAUUCUGACCCUUUGCUAUGAGACUUGAAAUUGAGCUCAGGUUCAUCCUGCUUCCAUUGAUCAUCCUUGAGAUGUUUCUAGAACUUGAUUGGAGUCCACCUGUGGUAAAUUCAAUUGAUUGGAAAAUAAAAGGAGAGCCUCACACUCUAGGAGCUCAGAUGCAAUAAUGUAAUAACCUGAUAACCAACGUUUCCACAGACAAGCUGUCUUCAUCAUAUACUUGUCUGUCCAAACGUUGGUUAUUAGGUUAUUACAUUAUUGUGUUCUACUCUGCUAGCCAGCACCUCUCCUAAACAGGUGGUUACUCGCUAGCCAGCACGCUACUUACAGGUGUCGUACUUAGCUGGCAGCCCUCUCAUAAACAGGUGUCACUUCUGUAGCCAGCACCUCUCCUAAAAGGGUUCUACUCUGUGCCAGCACCUCUCCCUAAACGUGUUCUACUUGCUAGCCAGCAACUCUCCGUAACAGGUGUCUACCUGCUAGCCAGCACCUCUCCUAAACAGGUGUUCUAAUUCACCUCUCCUAAACAGGUGUUCUACUCUGCUAGCCAGCACCUCUCCUUAACAGGUGUUCUACUCUGCUAGCCAGCACCUCUCCUAAACAGGUGUUCUACUCUGCUAGCCAGCACCUCUCCUAAACAGGUGUUCUACUCUGCUAGCCAGCACCUCUCCUAAACAGGUGUUCUACUCUGCUAGCCAGCACCUCUCCUUAACAGGUGUGCGUUUCUUUCGCCUCCAAAUUCAAUUGAUUGGACAACAUUUGGAAAGGCACACACCUGUCUAUAGAAGGUACCACAGUUGACAGUGCAUGUCAGAGCAAAAACCAAGCCAUGAGGUCGAAGGAAUUGUCAGUAGAGCUCCGAGACAGGAUUGUGUUGAGGCACAGAUCUGGGGAAGGGUACCAAAACAUUUCUGCAGCAUUGAACGUCCCCAAGAACACAGUGGCCUCCAUCAUUCUUACGUGGAAGAAGUUUGGAACCACCAAGACUCUUCCUAGAGCUGGCCACCUGGCCAAACUGAGCAAUCGGGGGAGAAGGGCCUUGGUCAGAGAGGUGACCAAGAACCUGAUGGUCACUCUGACAGAGCUCCGGAGUUCCUCUGUGGAGAUUGGAGAACCUUCCAGAAGGACAACCAUCUCUGCAGCACUCCACCAAUCAAGCCUUUAUUGUAGAGCGGCCAGAUGGAAGCCACUCCUCAGUAAAAGGCACAUGACAGCCUGCAUGGAGGCACCUAAAGGACUCUGACCAUGAGAAACAAAAGUGAACUCCUUGGCCUGAAUGCCAAGUGUCACAUCUGGAGGAAACCUGGCACCAUCUCUACGGUGAAGCAUGGUGGUGGCAGCACCAUGCUGUGGGGAUGUUUUUCAGCAGCAGGGACUGGGAGACUAGUCAGGAUCAAGGUAAAGAUGAACGGAGCAAAGUACAGAGAGAUCCUUGAUGAAAACCUGUUCCAGAGUGCUUAGGACCUCAGACUGGGGCGAAGGUUCACCUUCCAACAGGACAACGACCCUAAGCACACAGCCAAGACAACGCAGGAGUGGCUUCGGGACAAGUCUCUGAAUGUCCUUGAGUGGUCCAGCCAGAGCCCGGACUUGAACCCGAUCGAUCAUCUCUGGAGAGACCUGAAAAUAGCUGUACAGCGACGCUCCCCAUCCAACCUGGCAGAGCUUGAGAGGAUCUGCAGAGAAGAAUGGGAGAAACUCCCCAAAUACAGGUGUGCCAAGCUUGUAGUGUCAUACCCAAGAAGACUCAAGGCUGUAAUCACUGCCAAAGGUGCUUCAACAAAGUACUGAGUAAAGGGUCUGAAUACUUAUGUAAAUGUAAUAUUUCAGUUUCUUUACUUUUUAUAUAAAUUUGCCAAAAUUUAUACAAACCUCUUUUUGCUUUGUCGUUAUGGGGUAUUGUGUGUAGAUUGAUGAGGGGGGGAAAAAACGAUUUAAUCCAUUUUAGAACAAGGCUGUAACGUAACAUAAGGUGGAAAAAGGGAAGGGGUCUGAAUACUUUCCAAAUGCACUGUAGUUUAUCUCAAUCGUUUUAAAGUGGCUUUGUAUUCUUGUAUCCUUUUCUUCCAUUCACACCCAUUUGAAGUUACAAAGUGUUGGAAAGCAAUCAGGUGGAUGCCUUUACCAGGGGUUUGCUUUCACAUGCCCAGAUCUUUCACGACAUCAGCAUAGAAGAAGGAAAGGAACGAAAAGCAUUUUAGAAUAUCAGUUUGUACGAGGAUUCUAAUAUCCAUAACUCUUUGUAUAAAUGAGGAAGAGUUAUUUUAUUGUAUUUUAUUUAACCUUUAUUUUGUCAGGGAGUCAUACUGAGACCAAUGUCUCUUUUUAUAGAUGAGCCCUCAAUUACGGAAAUUACAGAAAUACACACGUCAAAUACAAAAUGCAGGCAGAAAGAACACGGUCAUAAAAAAAAAAAACGCAUUCAUCAGUAAUAAGGGCCUCAAUCAGCUUUCUGAAUUGCCCUAGAGGCAACAGAACAUCACAUUUUAAGAUCAUUUUGAAGAUUGUUCCAUAAAUAGAGACUGAAGGAAUUUCAUGAGUUAACCAUCCCUGAGACAAGGUACGGUUUAACGUUUUUUUCGUCAUGAAUCUUGCCCUGGAGGCAGCUCUGCUGAGUGGUCACUAGCUGGCACAGUCAUAAAAUCUGAUUUUAAACAUAACCUUAACCAACCACGCUCUUAACCUUUUAAAUUAAGCUAAUUUUUGUUUUCACAAACCGCGUAUGGUAGCUCAUAUGCCUAAAGGUUAUUAAUGAUGUUAGGUACAGUGGGAGUUUUUGUAACAUAGCAAUGUAACCACCUACGCGACGUCAUAGUGCCAACCUCUAAACUAAGGUACCAGCGACGCUAGUUAGCAACGACGCUCGUCCCAUCGACGCCGCUCACAUGGAAUUAGUACGUUGUCCUAACCUGGCUGUAUUCGACCUAGGUUGUGCUGUAUCUCUCCUGUGCUGGCUGCCAAGCUGCUUCCUGGGGUGGAGGUGACGGUGGGGCACGAGGAGGAGAAGGGGGGCAAAUGGCCCUAUGCUGCCACUGCUGGGGCUAUCAAGGCCCUGGGAGCCAAGCACAUCAUCAAGGAAGUCACCAUAUCCUUUCACGUGAUGGAUCCAUGAUGGUUAUAUAGUACUUUUUGUUUUGUCAGGUCUUUUUACCUGUGGUCCUCUGACUGUUGGUAGAGCAUGGCGCUUGCAGUAGUGGGUUAAACUCCCAUGACCACCCAUUACGUAAUAAAUGUAUGCGUGACUGUAAGUCUGUUAAAUGGCAUAUAUUACAACGUUUGUCAAAGGCAAUGUGAAAAGUAUGUUGCAAAGUUACUGCCCUCAGCUGAAAGGGAAAUGUAAUUUAAGCUUUGCUGUUUUUUGACGUGCGAUUUUUGAUUAGCCUCUGUAUCCCUGUCUGUGUGUGACCCUUGACCUGAGUGUCAUCACGAGGCCCACGUAGACCAGAAGAACAAGGUGGUGACAUCACCAGCCUUCAUGUGUGAGACCCAGCUGCACCUGAUCUUCGACGGCAUCGGAGCCAUGGUAACCAACGUCCUCAAACUCAGUGGCAAGUGAGAGAGCAGAACCCACAGUCGUUUAUAACCAAACAUCCAUGUUGUCCAACACAGCCGCUUCACCCAGUAAACUAUAUCGAAGGAUUGAGCUCGUUAGGUUUAAUUUCUUCAGAUAGUUCGAUGUUGAUUUACAGCUGUUAACAAAGUAUUUGUCAAAAGCUUUAGAUUUGAUUAAAUGUGCCAGUAUUCAGUAGAAGUAAUUAUUUUGUGUGUUUUUGCAGGACAUAUCAAUAUAUUAUUAUUAUUAUUAUUAUUAUUAUAU